AGGCGAACUCACGGACGUGGAGGUCUCACCUGUCCGAGGAAAGCUACGACGAUGACUCCGAGGAAGGUUCUACAGAUGUGUCUGAGCGCUCCUCAGCUUACACUGCAGCAAGCGGGACAAGGCAUUCUUGGCCAUUAUGUGCUCCGACACCAUCGCUUGAUGGGCACCUUCCUGCAUGCCAUGGGCAGCGGUGAGCAAGAGCGUUUGGAUGCCAAGGAGACGCAGAAGGAGCAAGAACUACCACAGGAAGCACACCUCUGGCCACCAAACAUUCUGCAGCGCUUCCUGGUCUCUGGCCAGCGGCCUCGUUGGAGCUCUGAAGUAGGCAAAGACAACUUGGCACUGGAUGGCAUGUCAGAGCUGCAGGUGGAGGAGGGUCUCCGAACUGCUGCGCUGUGGUGGAGCCGUGCUGAUGCCGUCAUAGUCCUGGC